CCGAGCACAAUUUAGUGUUACACGCGUUUGUUUUGUUUACGUGCACCGGAAACGCUAGCCUAGCUAGCCACAAAUUAAACGCUACAACAUCUCUUUAACCACAACGUCUGCUGAACUGAUAGUAAAACACAAUGAAACCCGCAGUGGAUGAGAUGUUUCCUGAAGGAGCCGGACCGUAUGUGGAUCUGGACGAGGCAGGAGGCAGCAGCGGCCUGCUGAUGGACCUGGCAGCCAAUGAAAAAGCAGUGCACUCUGAUUUUUUUAAUGACUUUGAGGAUCUGUUCGAUGACGACGACCUGCAGUGAUGACAGCAUCAACACCUGUGUGCUGCUGUGAACGUGUACAUAAGAAAAGAAGAAAUCAUGAAAACUGUCUUUUUCUGACAACAGGCUCUCUCUUAUUUGUACAGCCCCCCUCCUCCUACAUGUCACCACCGCACUGAAAUAAAGUCUUUUUGUUUU